CCUGCUUUGCCUUCAACUACCUGACCCAGGAAACCACAUAAGUCUGAAAACGAACCACAGAUCGUACUACAAACUGUCAGAGGUCCCUCUUCAGUCUUCACCAUGGUACACCAACCCUCGUCCCAAAAGACCCGACACUACGCCAUGCUCGCGUCCCGGAUCAAGACGCUCCAGAACGAACUCGUCGUCACCGAGCAAUGUAUGGGGGAGAUGGCCAAACAGUUGGAGAGCAUGGCCAAGCUCGGGGCGUAUUGCGGAUCUCAGUUCAUGGCGGCUUCUCGUCUGCUCGACGUGGACCUCGAAGCACAGACUCAAGCUCGAGGGAAUCAGACGAAAGAAGCUACAGGUCCAUGAGUUAUCUCAAAACAAAACGAUCUGCUUGUCGGAUACGUCUCAUGGACAGGAACUCGAACGCCAGCUGAAACGGUUAUGGGGUAGCGGAAGGGAUGUGGACGACGGACGAUGGACGAUGGAUGGCGAUAGAUGACGAACCGGAUCGGAACUGUAUGACAAUACCUCGGUUGUAUGUUUCCCACGAAUACCUUAUAAUACAAAGAAGAGAGAGGAUAUGCAGUGUUGCAGAAGCGGAAC